GUAACAUAUAAAAGCUGUUAGCAGCUCCUGUGGCCAGAAGCUUCAAAACCAGCAGAGUUUUGUUCUUUGGGGGUUUGUAAUAAAAGACACUCCUUCACCAAGGUUCAUAUCAUCAUCUAGGAGAGUGCUAUAUAUACUGGGAGAACAAUAGACUGUAUUCUUUUUUUUCUUUGUAUUAUCCAGAGAUUUGUUUUCUACUGCCCUGACUUAAAGCAGAGUACCUCUGUGGCCUAUCUUUCUCCUUUGGCCCCAAAAUGACAGUAAUCGCUGCAAUCAUCAGUUGUGUUUUCUUAUUUUCCAUUCUCUGUGAAACAAGUGCAUUAAUGUUACCCAACUCCACUGACCUACUCCUGUCAGACAAUAAUUUUACUGACAUUGAGACAGCUUUGGCAGCUCAUCUGGACUCUGCAAAAAUUCCCAAAGCCAGGCGGAAGCGCUACAUUUCACAGAAUGACAUGAUUGCCAUUCUUGAUUAUCAUAAUCAAGUCAGAGGCAAAGUCUUCCCACCUGCUUCCAACAUGGAAUAUAUGGUUUGGGAUGAAACUCUUGCCAAAUCUGCAGAGGCUUGGGCUGCUACAUGCAUUUGGGACCAUGGACCUUCCUACUUACUAAGAUUCCUGGGCCAGAACCUGUCUGUAAGAACUGGAAGGUAUCGAUCUAUUCUCCAGCUGGUAAAGCCAUGGUAUGAUGAGGUGAAGGAUUAUGCUUUCCCUUACCCUCAGGACUGCAACCCCAGGUGCCCCAUGCGAUGUUACGGACCCAUGUGCACCCAUUACACACAGAUGGUUUGGGCCACUUCCAAUCGUAUAGGCUGCGCAAUCCACACAUGCCACAAUAUGAACGUCUGGGGAUCUGUUUGGCGACGAGCUGUUUACUUGGUAUGCAACUAUGCCCCAAAGGGUAAUUGGAUUGGAGAAGCACCAUAUAAAGUAGGAGUCCCAUGUUCAGCUUGCCCUCCAAGCUAUGGAGGUUCUUGUACCGACAAUCUUUGUUUCCCAGGAGUAACAUCAAACUACUUAUACUGGUUUAAAUAAGUUAAGGUUUACAUAAUUUUGAAAAAAAACCCCAAACCAAAACCAAAAACCCAUGGAUGAGUAACCAGAAGCUUGUAUAUUGAAUUUUGCACAUAUUAUAUAUAGAGAGAUACUGUAAUAAUACUCUGAUGUUUUCUUUUUGUAUGCUUUUGUAUAAUUAGCUUUCAAAGUAUAGUAUAAUUUGGUUUUAACACUUCUGGAUAUAAGACUCACAUUAACCCUUUUAUAUUAAUAUUUUGUUCAAGGAGAGCAAAAUAAUUUAGCAAGUGUAGCUUCCUGAAGAUUAGGGUCUAUAAAAAGCACAUUAAAAAUUAAAGAUUAUUACUUCCUUUAAAAGAUCAUAGCUCCAGAAAGAGAAGGGUCGUUGUUUAAUACUGUGCUUUAAAAAUGGAGCGUGACAUGCAAAACAACAAAUUGUCCUCACACUCUUAAUGGUUCCUCUCAUUUACACUGCUGCUUCCACCUGCAACAUCAACGGGACUCUGAGCAGAGGAAAACAUAUGUGCAAGAGAAACUGCAGGAUAUUACCUACCUCAUGCACAACAUCAAUUUAUUUAUGGUAUUUCAAGAGUUCAGCACGUGGCUGCUGCUAUCAUCAACGAUGCCGGUGUGCAGACAGGAAAAUUAGAGACAAUGAGGAACCACGCUAGCCAAGAUGCAGUGGCUGUUAACUCAUAUGCUAAAAGUCUUACCUAGAUAGAAAGUUACAUCACUUUAAAUAUUGGUAUAAUAGCACAGCCUAAUUCUACCUUCCUGUGCUUCUGAACAUGGUCAUAAUGGCAUAAUGAUGCUUUGCAGCAGUGUAUUUAUUCUUGUACAGGAAAGCAAAGAAAUAUACUGCUACAAAGCAACACACAUCAAUAUAUGACAUUCUUUUAGACUAUAAGUUUGCCAGUAUAUGUGUUAUCCCCCUGACUGAAACUCAGCCAAGUAAAACUUUCAAGGAGAGAUCAGACCUAAAAUUAGAUCAUAGGAUUUCCAAAUAAAGGACAUUAGGCAACUUUAAAACUUCAUACAGAUUUUUUACAAAAAUUCUAAAUUUCUAAAACAAUUGGCAGUGUCCUUUAAAAUAUAUUGCACGGUUUCUUGAAAAUAUCUAUGUGAAUUAAUAAAAACCAAAUCUGUUUAUUCAUACCUUUCCUACUAAACCUGAACACCUUAUGAGUGCUUACUAGAACAUUUAUAAAGAUGACCUGCACUUUAAGAUAGACUAUUAUACAGGUAGUUUUCUUGAAAAACAGAUUAUAAAAAGGAGGAAAUCAAAUAUCUGCCACAACUACUAUGUCAUUGAAAUAGCCUUAAGUUUUGGCUUUGUAUUACAGGCCAGAAUAUACUCCACUUUAAAUAUACAUGUUUAGUCUGCUCACACUGCUACAUUUAGACCUCUGAAGUUUAUGAACGUUGAAAAGCAAUACUGAGUAGAGCAAGCAGAACAACAGAGGAUUUCACUAAUGCUACAUAUGUAUGUGUCUUUAAGCCACUAAGUCAGUCCUUUUGAGGGUGUUUGAGAUAGUCUGUCAUGAAAAUAUCAAGUAUCAUAUUGGUGAUAUAGUUUGAAUUCUCCAUGUAUUUUUUUAAUCCAGCAAGAUAGCUGUGUGGGGGGAAUGGGCUCUACAGCUUAUGAAAUGUUGUCACUGCUUUCCAUCUAUCCCUAAUCUGAUCCUUCAGAGAAUGUCAACAACAGAUCUAUGGCUUUUCAGGCGUUUCUGGUUAGUGACACUUCUCUAUCUGACAGGACAACAACUAGACAGGUUUAUCAUCUUAAAAUGUGUCCAUGUUUAAAAGGAAUAACACUUGUAAUAUUCUACUAAUAUUCAUCCUAUCAGUUACAAUAUAAAUGGUUUUCCUUUUGGUUUAAAAGAUUUGAACUCUGACAGUGCUCAAUCAGUCAAACACUUUGGUUGAGUAAAAUCCAGUCCUGUUUUAUAAGAGAAACACAACCUUUUUGCAUCAUCUAUGUACACAUUGAGAAUUCAUUGAGACAAAACUACUAGGUGGGUCACAGUCCUCAGCCAGCCCAGUUUUUGAAAAAGAUGCAUGUGACAAAUAAGUUUUUGUUCUGCAUAAGAAAUCUUCUCUAGUGGUAAGGACAGCACAGUUAAAUCAGUGUAUCUAGCUGGUUUCAGUACUUUUUUUUGAAACACAAGAUAGGAAGCAGAGCUUAAGCAGACAUUCAGGUUAAGCCAUGGACCCUACAACAGUAGGUCUAACAAUAAAUGACUAUGCACUUUGGAACUUGCAACUUGUAUGUUGUAUGGUACAUUUUCCAAACAGGACUAGACAUUGUAAAUUAAUUUAUAAUUCUGUAAUUCAGCUGAAUUUCUUAUAACGGGUAUAUAUGUUAUCAUAUCUGUUACUUUUUAAGUUGCUACAAAUACCUUGAUUUUGUGGAAUAUUUUGUUUUUCAUGGACAUAGAAAACUUUGCUUUUAACAAAAAGUAUACAGGUUUUUUCACAAUAUCCCAUAAUGGUGCUAGAGAUUAACUAUUGUAAUCGCACUGUAACUGACAGCAGUAGAAAAUGAUCUGGGUAUAAGCUACUUCAUAAGAGCAGCUCCUGAUAAAACCAGCCACAAGCACUCAAGCAUUAGCUGAAUAUUUUUCACUGAACAGAGAGGAUUACAGCUCAUUGUAUAUUUGAUUACCACAUGAAAUUUGCCCUUCAACUUUAUUUGAUAAGUAGUUUACUGAAGGCCUUUCUGUAUUACCUAUUUGAAUCAGCCCAAUUUUUACCAUCUUUUUUCUCUUGGACCAGGUAAUGACAAUAGCAGUAAAGCUCUACUUUGCCAGUGUCAGUGCUCCCUGCCUGAUUACCUGACACCAAGUGCUGCUAGAACAAAAGUACUGAAAUGCUCAGAAAACUUCAGAUGUCUUUGGCAGUAUAUCUGCUCUGAUACACUCUGAGGAAAAUACUUGAUGAGUUCAAGGCUAUGCUGAGGCAAAAUACUCCCAGUUGCUAUUCUGAUAGCCUUGAAGAUUUGUGUUGAUUCUGUCCAAGCAGAGUGGUAUGCCUUUAAAGACAGACAAAUUAGCUCAGACUUCUGUUCUAAAUAUAAAAUUAUGGAAGCAUACACAAACUAAAAUAAACCUAAAAAUAUCUUUGGUCAAAAUACUGUGAGAGGCAUACGAGCAAAAAUGAAGUAAUUGAUAUCAUUAUAUAUUGAGUGCAGCUGUUUAUAAUAUCUGCUUGUGAUUUUUUUCCUCAUUUAAACAGCUAAGAUGAUGGGUAGCAAUUGAUACCUUUUGGUGCUAACCUCUAUGUUCUGGUGCUGAAGUUAUACAUUAUUUUUUGUGGAUGAUGAUGUUUACUUCCAAUAUUACCAUAUACACUCCAGUGUUUGUGAGAUCUUUUUCAGCUAAGCAUAUAAUUUGCCACUAGGCCAGGUUUGCUUUCAAAGUUCCUUUUUAUGGUUGUUUCAGGCUGUAAUGAGAGUUUUAUGUGCAUCGGAGAGGAAAAUGUAUUCCAGUUCAAAACCAAACCAAACAGUACCCUCCCCUCAUCACAACAGUGAAGAGCUUGUGGAACAAAUUAUGAGGAGAGUAAGACCUCUGACAGUCAUAACUUCAGAUUGACACUGAGCAGGUUUUGGUCACCCCAGAUCCUCUCUCUGGGGUAAUAAAUGACUUCAGAAAAUCUGCGCUUGAUCUUGCACACUUAUCCUGGGGAUUUCUUCCCUGAGAGCAGUUUGUUCACCUCUGAAUUCGAUAUGAGUUGGAUCAGGCCCCAGUGAAAACCAUGGGAGGUUUAAUGUAAUUUUUGCAGGACUGAGAAAGUUGGAUUCCAUGAGAGCUUUAUGGACAGCAAAAUUAAACUUCGUGUGCCAUGCCCAUCAGUACUGGGAAAUACCAUGGGGCUCUGAAAGAGGAAACCUCCCAGAACAAAAGUGCUCUAUACCACAACAGGGAUCUAACAGAAAGAGACAAAUCUGUAUCUAUAUCCAUAUCUAUGUCUACAGAUAGAUGGAUAGAUAAAUAGGUAGAGAUAGCUGUUUAUAUCUUAUCUUCUGGGAUCAGGUUGCAAGCAUGGAUGCCCUCUUGUGGUUGAGAAUGCCAAUAUUGGUUUGAUUUCAUAGGAAUCCAAGAGUUCUUGCAAAAUUGCAAAACAGAAAAUUCACAUGCUCUGGUUGUGAGAUCAUAAUUGGUCUGAUGAUCUCAAAGUGCAUAAACCUUCCCGUUUGGAUUCAUAAGGAGAACACUGGACUUCUGCUAAUAAUAACCUGAAAUAAACACAGCCUUCUCAAACUGCUUUCUUUCGAUAGAAAAUAAGUGGAAAAUCAAGAAAAAAAUAGCGAUUACCCAUCUGGUUAACUCAACAGACUGUCGACAGCCCAUCUGGUUAACAAAAUAAAAUAAAAUAGAAUAAAAAUAAAAUAGAAUAAAAAUAAAAUAAAUAAAAUAAAAUAAAAUAAAAAAACAUAAAAUAACAUAAAAUAAUUACUAUUGGUAAUUUCAAGGCUUUUUGAUUAACCUUAAUUUACCAAGUUUCCCUCAGGAUAUAGUUAUUUUCUGUUAGAGAAAUUUUUUUCUUAUAUUGCAAGGCAAUGAAUUUUUAAUUUCACACAGGUCAGUGGAACAGACAUAAACUGGGCAUAGGUAUGCCCAGUCUGCUGAGCUCUCUUGAGUGUGGAGUGUGAGAAAACCAGACUAAAAGGCUUGCAAUUUAGUAUUACCUCAUCUUCUGCCAAAAGACAAAAUUCAGAGUGGAAUAAGAUUUUGAAACCUUAUAAUUUGGCAAUCAGGUUGUAAAUUCCUUAGAAAUCUCUCAGACUGAUAAUCUAUAUAAAUUAUGUUCGGGUUGUUUUGGGGUUUUUUUUUCACAGCAGAAGAGAGAGAACAUCCCUCAGGUUAUAUGUUUAGCUCAUAACAGCAAUUGUUACUCAAAUCACUGGGCUGUUCAUCACGCUGCAAACUUGCUACAGCUUCAACAGAUCACCACGUAAGUCAGGAAGUAUCUUAAAUGCAAUAUUUAAGGUAAUAAACUUGUUACUUAAGAGUGAAUGGUAAUAUUGGAAUCUAAUAGCUCUGCGGAGUUAAACAGCUUUUUUUCAUGUAGGGUGCUCUUAUGUAAUUGAAACGGUGCUUAAAGGCAGGGUUCACUUAAGAAGCAAACCAUCUACAGCUGCUUUUUUUUCCAUAUGCAACAAGGAAAGAUUUUUCUGAGGAUUGAAGAUGUUGAGGAUUUGGAAAAAGGUGUUCCUAUGUUUUCUAUGUGAACCCAAGCCAAAAAAAAUUAUCAAUGUUUAUACAGUGAAAUGUCCUAUUCUCCCCUUCUUAUUACAUAUUGUCAUAAUUUCUUGUUUAGAUUUUUUUGAUUAUUGUGUGGGUGGGGUUGUAUCUGGUUUUUCAGAAAAGAAAGCUUGUUGUGUAACACAUCUUGCAGUGAACUUAUAAAUAUAGCAUUUCUUUCAUAUUGUCAUAUGAUGAUAUACAUGUUAUACCUGAGAUAUAAAUUUGUAUCCCUGUUUCAACUUCUAAUGCUAUGAAACUAUAAAGAAAUGUACAUCAUUUUGAUCUAUUUUGUAACAUCUAUGCAUUUAAAUAAAUAUGUAAAAUUGUCAGUA